GAGAGGAGCGCUGCUCGGCUUUGCCAUCCCGGGGAAAACUUGGUGGCAGCGACGCAGUUUGCAAAGGAGCGCAGCGCACCGCAGAUACCCAUAUUUAGCAAGAUGAAAGUUGCCCUAAUGGAAAACCAAGAUUUCCUGUCGGUGACAGAACUCCUAAUUGCUUGCAUUGUUUCCUGUCUGGUUCUGGUGAUCAUAAAAUCCUUCAAUAAGAGCAUCCCGCAGGGGCUGAAGAGGGUCCCAGGACCAAAGGGCUAUCCUUUGAUUGGCAACGUACUAGACCUGGGGAAGAACCCCCACCUGGCCUUGGCUAAGAUGAGCCAGAAAUACGGGGAUGUGAUGCAGAUCCAUCUUGGCACAAGACCCGUGAUAGUGCUGAGUGGGUUGGACACUAUCCGGCAAGCGCUGGUGAAACAAGGAGGAGACUUCAUGGGACGUCCUGAUCUCUACAGCUUCCGGUACAUCAGUGACGGCCAGAGCAUAACCUUUGGUCACGAUUCUGGAGAGGUUUGGCGGACCAGUCACAAGCUGGCCCAGAACGCCCUGAAGAUCUUCUCCGCUUCCCCCAGCCCGGUCUCCUCUUCUUGUCUGCUGGAGGAGCAUGUCUCCAAUGAAGCCGAUUACCUGAUCAUGAAAUUCCAAGAGCGGAUGAAGGAGGAGAAGAGUUUCGAUCCUUACCGCUAUCUGGUGGUCUCGGUAGCCAACGUCAUCUGCGCCAUGUGCUUCGGGAAGCGCUACAGCCACGACGACCAGGAGCUUCUCAGCAUAGUCAAUCUGAGCAAUGAUUUUGGGGAGGCAGCUGCCUCGGGAAACCCAGCAGAUUUCAUCCCAAUCCUUCAGUAUCUUCCCAACCGCACCAUGAAGGUCUUCAAAGAUCUCAAUAUGCAGUUCAGUGCAUUUAUACGGAAGAUUGUCAAGGAUCACUACAUAAGCUUCGACAAGGAAAACAUCCGAGACAUCACAGACUCCCUGAUCGACCACUGCCAAGAUAAAGUAGACGAGAACGCAAACAUUCAGUUCUCAGAUCAAAAGAUUGUCAAUAUUGUCGGGGAUCUCUUCGGUGCAGGUUUUGAUACAGUGACGACAGCUCUGUCGUGGUCCCUUAUGUAUCUGGUGACCUAUCCGGAAAUCCAGAAGAAGAUACAGGAGGAGAUAGACCAAACAAUUGGCAGAGAACGGACGCCCCGGCUAUCUGACCGUUCCAAGUUGCCUUACACAGAAGCCUUUCUGCUGGAGAUGUUCAGACAUUCCUCUUUCCUACCCUUCACAAUUCCUCAUUGCACCACUCGGGAAACAUCUCUGAAUGGCUUCUACAUCCCUAAAGAUGUCUGCGUGUUUGUUAACCAAUGGCAAGUCAACCACGAUCCGAAACUUUGGAAGGACCCUUCUACGUUCCAGCCAGGACGUUUUCUUGCUGCUGAUGGGGCUGGAAUAAAUCGAGUGGAGAGCGAGAAGGUGCUGACUUUUGGUCUGGGGAAGAGAAGAUGCAUUGGCGAAUCCGUUGGCAAAGGGGAAGUCUUCCUUUUCUUGACCACUCUCCUCCAGAAACUAGAAUUCAGCGUGUGCCGUGGACAACUGGUGGAUAUCACCCCUCAGUAUGGACUCACAAUGAAACACAAGAGGUGUGAGCACUUCCAGAUCAAGCAGCGUUUUUAAACAACAAGAUCGGGAGUGAACUGAAAUAGAGGCUUAGGAAUAAUUUCUUACGGUCUGUCACCUUAUUUUAAGUUUUGCCUGGGGAGUGGGACGGUCUCCCAGGCUGAAACUGUGGGUUGAUGCUACGAUAAAUGCAGACGUCACAUCUUUCUUCAGUAAAGAAGGGUUAGGUUAUCCGCAACUUCUGGAUAGAGGUGGCAUUGAAAGACUUAUGCUUCAAAGACUCAAAAGCAAACUCUUCGCUCAAAACAAUGUUCAUUGUGUAGUGUUCCUGAUUAGUUGAGAUCACAUCAUAACAAGGGUAAAUCUUAAGACUGACGAGCAUUUCCAGCAGAUGAGGAACACCAUGCUUGCUGCAAAAAGCACAAAAAUGUUAAGACAGUUGAUAUGUGGCCAUCAAACAUGAUUUGUUGAAGGUCUAGUGAAAGGUUAGACCACAGCACAAUUUUUAAUGCCUUGGUUUUAAAUAACAUUGCAAGGGUUAUACUUGUGGUGUAAUAGUAAGAGCAGCGGGGUAGAACAAAGAUUCAAGAUCAACUCGUCACUAAGCUCUCAUCUUGGGCUGGGAGAGAGAAAUCUUGGGCCAAGCCUACCUCCUAGGGUGGUUGUGAAGAUAAAAUGGAAGAAUGGGGUUGCAACUCUUUCCCCCCCCCCCACCCUUAAAGAAUCCCCAGACUCUAAAGAAGCAAAAGCUAUUUGCAUUCCGAAAUGAUGUAGCGGGUGCUCUUCUGUUUUAAAAGCUAUCAGAAUGCCUUUCAUUCUCAAAGGCUUGCUCAUCUUCCGUUCAUUUCCACAGGGUUUCCUCAGGAAGUUUUUGGCUGAUUGUUCUUGAAAUCUUGACAUCUAAAUGUCUGUACUAAGUUGAUGGACCUCUUAACAGUAGUGGAUUCUUGCCAGACUGGGAGUAGAUUAAAGUUCUCAUGUGUAGAUUUUACAUAGCUUGAUGUGGAACUUUUUGAAUGGGACAUAUCUGGGGAUUCUCCUCUUUGUUUUUUGUAUACCAAAUACCAAGUCUUUAAGAAAGCAAUAGUUUGACCAGAACAAUGUUGUAUGAACUUAUGGAGUAUCAUGUGCAGGCUAAUGUCAAAGAUCUGUUAGGGAAGAGGGUGGGGUGCUAAAGAGAAAUCAGGCUUCCUCAAGGACAAGGAAAGUUCUUGGAGGUGGAGAGAUACUGAAGAACUAGGAGCCGGACCAAAAGAACCAGCCAGAUAGGGAACUGGGAAAAAUAUACAAGAAUAGGAAGCAACGACCACAAGGACGGAGUUAAUUCACUGAUUAAAUGAAAGAUGGAAAGAGAUUUGGAAGUCAUAGAUGGCCGUUGUCAGCAGGAGCCAAUUAAUAGAGUGAAGAGGGGCAGGAAGCAGCUAAGAAAACAGAUCCAGAGGAGUUAGCUGUGUUAGUCUGUAGUAGCAAAAUAGUAAAGAGUCCAGUAGCACCUUCAAAACUAACCAAGUUUAUUGUAGCAUAUGCUUUCAAGAACCACAGCUCUCUUCGUCA